AGAAGCCCUAGCUGUGGAGUGGUUUUGUUCCUGGUUGCACUUGGGAAUCCGUUAUGGGGAUUUGUUCCUCCCAGAGGCGCUUGCAUCUCUACCACCAGCCUCACCAGUCCUCCACGGCUGCCUGAUGCAGGGAUGACAGCAGGGGUACUCCAGUCUGCCCCUGAGGCCAGUAGUGCUGCUGCUUUUAAUUCAUUCCCCUCCAAUCAGGACUGCUUUAAAGCUGGACCACCGGGUGAGUUAAACCUUUGGUCCGUCAGUGGCAGUUAACUAUGGGGCAGAAAAGAAAACCUGCAGGACUACAGACCUUAUGGGCCAGAUUUGAGUUCCCCUGCUUUACAGCGAUGUUUUUCAGCACAAGCGGUUCCCCGGUGCACAUGCAUCCAAGCUGAGCCUGAUGCAGGGACUGGAAUCCUGCUGGUCCCUCCGGCCCUCUACUGGUUGCAUCGAGAGGGUUUUCAGAAGUAAAUCUAUUGCAGCUGAGUACAGGAUCCACUACAAUAUGACAGUGGGAAUAGGAAAAAUGGGAAUUUCAAGGAAUAUUUGUGGACAUGGGGAAGGGGGUCUGUGCAGUGAUCUAAAUGCAGACCCUGUCCUUUUAAGUUUUUAGUAAAAUGGUGAUAAUUGACUUUGGUUUCUUUUAAAAGCUGGUAAAAUCAAGUAUUAAAUAUGGAAGACCUGGAACAACCAACUUUAGGGAGUUAUUUUGGAAUAUACUGUGAAUAAAAUCAAUUCACAUUUAUACUGUGUUGUCAACCUUUAGAUAAAAUCUAUACACAAGAUAAGCUAGCCUAAAGCUAUGUAUAGUUAAUGUAGUCCAAGCUACUGUGCAAAUCACCGUAUUAAAUGUAAUGAGUAUGUAUAGUACUUCACUGCAGGCAGUUGUAAAUUGAGCUACGGUGGGCUGUUGGCAUCCAAAUCGAUUCAAACCCCCACCAGAAAGGCAUCAGAAAAUGUUGCAUUGAAACCUUACAUAUUACAUUCUAUUUAGCAGCUUCUCUUAUCGAGAGUGACUUGCACACAUUUUGCAUGGUAUCUCUUUAUACAGCUGGAUAUAUACUGAAAAAUUUAAGUUAAGUGCCUUGCUAAAGGGUGUCUCACUUGGGAUUUGAACCUCGUGCUGAAACGUGCUUUUUAUUUUUAUAAAGCUUUUUGUCUUCUGAUCUGGGGCAAUUGUGGCUUGUGGUUGGCGUUGGUAUAUUUAUUCUGAAUGACUACUGAGUCUGGACUCACAGAAGAGUCAUGAUUUUUUGGCAUUGAUGGAUUUAUGUCGAUCUCUUCUCACUAUUUUACGCACACAUUUAAUGUGAAAACAGCUCAAAUAUCGAAUAUAUGUGUGUCUGCAUGCAUGUGUCCACCGCAGUUGCAGUCGUGGUAUGUUGCAAGGGCACGAUAGGCUGCCUCCUGUCUGAUACACCCCCUUCAGCCUUUUGCGCUCGAACCCGAUAUCCAGGCUCCUUGAACCCGAUACCCUAGCUGUGAAUCUGCCGCACAUACCCGGGUGCCGUUUUGUGCGCAACUUUUGACAAGAAAGGAAUAGCGGCUAGUGGCGGCUGGGAGAAGCAUCUCUACCCGGCCAUCUCAUAACGAGCGGAAUAGUUCUGCCUUUUCUCCGGGCAGCUUUCCACCACCUCACCCAAAAAAAGCGCGCAAGGUUCACUGGUUUUGCGGCUGAGAUAGCAUUCUCCCCAAAAGAGACAAAAUGUCAGCAGUGGAAAAUCAGUACACUACGUACACAACCUACAUGACGUCCACGACGGAGGAAUACAUGACCCAAGAGAAUGAAUGGGACAGAGACCUGCUGCUGGAACCCGCGUGGGAGAAGCAACAGCUCAAGACGUCUGUUACCCCGCAGUCACAUCCUCUCUCCGUCUCUCUCGCUCGCAUCCACUGUCAAAUACAAAUUCGAACCUUCUCCGCGUGGUGUAACUCCCAUCUGCGGAAAGCUGGCACACAGAUAGAGAACAUUGAGGAGGACUUCAGGAAUGGCCUCAAGCUGAUGCUGCUUCUGGAGGUCAUUUCAGGGGAGAGGUUGCCCAGACCAGACAGAGGAAAGAUGCGCUUUCACAAAAUUGCCAACGUCAACAAGGCCCUAGAGUUCAUCUGCAGCAAGGGAGUCAAACUGGUGUCCAUCGGAGCUGAGGAGAUUGUUGACGGGAACGUGAAGAUGACCCUGGGAAUGAUCUGGACCAUUAUCCUGCGCUUUGCUAUCCAGGGCAUCUCUGUGGAGGAAACCUCUGCUAAAGAUGGCUUGCUGCUGUGGUGCCAGAGGAAGACUGCCCCCUACAGGAAUGUCAACGUCCAGAACUUCCACAUCAGCUGGAAAGAUGGCCUGGCUCUCUGUGCUCUCAUCCACAGACACAGACCCGACCUCAUUGACUACAAGAAACUGCGCAAGGAUGACCCCAUCGGCAACCUCAACACAGCUUUUGAAGUGGCUGAGAAGUUCCUAGACAUCCCCAGGAUGCUGGACGCUGAAGACAUUGUAAAUACCCAUAAACCAGACGAGAAGGCCAUCAUGACCUAUGUUUCUUGCUUCUACCACGCCUUUGCUGGUGCUGAACAGGCUGAAACUGCUGCUAACAGGAUCUGCAGGGUGCUGGCUGUGAACCAGGAGAACGAGAGACUGAUGCAGGAGUACGAGAAACUGGCCAGCGAGCUGCUGGAGUGGAUCCGGCGCACCGUGCCCUGGCUGGAGAACCGCGUGGCGGAGCAGUCCAUGGGCGCCAUGCAGCGGAGGCUGGAGGACUUCCGCGAUUACCGCCGCGUCCACUGGCCGCCGCGCGCCCAGGACAAGCGCCAGCUGGAGAUCAGCUUCAACACCCUGCAGACCAAGCUGAGGCUCAGCAACCGCCCCGCCUUCAUGCCCUCCGAGGGCAAGAUGGUCUCGGACAUCGCUAAUGCCUGGAAGGGUCUGGAGCAGGUGGAAAAGGGCUACGAGGACUGGCUCGUCAUGGAGAUCCUGCGUCUGGAAAGAGUGGAACACCUGGCCGAGAAGUUCAAGCAGAAAUGCGCCUUGCAUGAGGCCUGGACCGCAGGGAAAGAGGAGGUUCUGACACAGAGGGACUUUGAGCACGCCUCACUGGCCGAAGUCCGCAUCCUCGUGAGGAAGCACGAAGCAUUCGAGAGCGACCUCACCGCCCACCAGGACAGGCUGGAGCAGAUCGCCAGCAUCGCCCAGGAGCUGAACGAGCUGGAUUACCACGAUGCUGCUGCCAUCAAUGCCCGUUGCCAGGGCUUCUGUGACCAGUGGGAUAACCUGGGAACCCUCACUCAGAAGAGGAGGGACUCACUAGAACGUACAGAGAAGCUGUUGGAGACCAUUGACCAGCUGUACCUGGAGUUUGCCAAGAGGGCGGCGCCCUUUAAUAACUGGAUGGAUGGAGCGAUGGAGGAUCUGCAGGACAUGUUUAUCGUCCACAGCAUCGAGGAGAUCCAGAUUCUGAUCACAGCCCACGACCAGUUCAAAGCCACCCUCCCCGAGGCCGACAAGGAGCGCAUGGCCACCAUGGGCAUCCACAGUGAGAUCCUGAAGAUCGCCCAGACCUACGGCAUCAAGUUGCCUGGUGUCAACCCCUACACCGACCUCACCCCCCAGGACCUCAGCAGCAAGUGGGAGGCCGUGAGGUGCCAGAUUCCUCACAGAGAUCAGGUGCUGCAGGAGGAAAUGGCCAGACAGCAGGCCAACGAGAGGCUGAGAUGCCAGUUCGCCGCCCAGGCCAACGUCAUCGGACCCUGGAUUCAGACCAAGAUGAAGGAGAUUGUUCACAUCUCAGUGGACAUUGCUGGCUCUCUGGAGGAGCAGAUGAACAAUCUGAAACAGUACGAGCACGACAUUGCUAACUACAAGUCCAGCAUCGACAACCUGGAGGGAGACCACCAGCUGAGCCAAAUGUCCCUCGUCUUCGACAACAAGCACACCAGCUACACCAUGGAGCACGUCCGUGUGGGCUGGGAGCAGCUGCUCAGCACCACCACGCACUCCAUCAACGAGAUCGAGAACCAGAUCCUCACCCGUGACGCCAAGGGCAUCAGCCAGGAGCAGCUCAAUGAGUUCAGAGCCUCUUUCAACCACUUUGACAGGAAGAGGCAUGGCAUGAUGGAGCCAGAUGAUUUCCGCGCCUGCCUAAUCUCCAUGGGCUAUGACCUGGGUGAGGUGGAAUUUGCCCGCAUCAUGACCCUCGUGGACGCUAACGACGUGGGCGCGGUGACCUUCCAGGCCUUUAUCGACUUCAUGACGCAGGAAGCAGCUGAGACCGACACAGCCGAGCAGGUCAUGGCCUCCUUUAAGAUCCUGGCAUCGGACAAGAUGUAUAUCACAGUGGAUGAGCUACGCAGAGAGCUUCCUCCAGAGCAGGCGGAGUACUGCAUCAGUCACAUGACCAAGUACCUCGCCAGCGACGCCCCGCCCGGUGCCCUGGACUACAUCUCCUUCUCCAGCGCCCUGUACGGAGAGAGCGACUUAUAAACCCCGCCCCCCUUUCACCAGUGCCUUGUACUGAAAGAGAAACUCAUGAGCCCUUCCCUUUCCUCCCCCCCACUCCAUGUAUGAACAGAGCUACUUAAGCUCCACCCCUUUUCCCAAGCCCCCUGUAUGGUGAGAGGCUUCUAAAUCCCCCACUUCCACUGAAGUGAUUUUAUUGUGUUGCAUUGUUACGUUUGGCCUUUGGUACUCUGAGGGUAUUACAUGUGGCUACUGGAGUGGCAGUUCUGAUGCUUUAUGGCGACCUGUCCAGGGUAUAUUCCUGCCUUUCGCCCAAUGCACGCUGGGAUAGGCUCCAGCACCUCCUGCGACCCUGACCAGGAUAAGCGGGUACAGAUAAUGGAUGGAUCGAUGGAUGUUACUUCCGUACCACAAGGCACACGAUCCAGCUCACCUCUCUGUGCAGAAUGCGUCCAUCAGCUACUCACAUUUUUACAUUACACAAUUUUACCAGUUUUUUUUGUGAUGUGUACUUGUAUUAAUAGGCCUGUUUUGUUUCUACAAAGCCCUUAAUUUAAACAGUCCACCAGCCGCUGGUCCCGCAGGCGGCUGAUUAACCGCCGUCACUCCUGAGCGAUGAGACGAGGCCGUUACCGCCAGCCGGCACAGUCAGGCGCCGACACGGAUUAGAUGCUAACGGCACACGACCGCACCAGCGGCAGCAAGCGCCUCAGCACCAUCACCCACCCGGCAGCCCCAGUCACAGCAAAAUCAUUUAUUACCCGGUUACAUUUAGCAAACCCUGUUCCAUUUCACACUCAAUAAUAAU